CAGACCUCGUGGUGAACUAUCUCCGGACUCGGCCAUAUUGAAAUAUUGAAUGUCUCUGUUACACAAGGGCUCAAGAGUAGCCGUGAAAUUUUCGCGUGAUCCUCGACGAAGAGAGGAUAAUAAGAGACAUCAUGGAGACUACGUACAGCAUUAACGUUACCAACAAAUUCUCGGUACCGUUGUUGGGCGAUGACGCCGAUCUGCACGAGAUUAUGCAGCAACGGGAACAAGAGAAGGAAGCUAAGAAAAAGGAGAAGCUUUCGGAAAAGGAGAAUAAGAGUAAGCAGCCGGACGCGCAAAAGCCGCCCGGCGCGAAACCUCCGAAAACUCGAGUGAUAAAGGACGCGCAGCAGCCGGUGGCGAAGGUGCAGGAUCCAAAGAAAGAUCAAGUAGAUAAAAAGCCACCGCAACAGAGAACAACCGGUGGUGGCGGCGGUGGAGGAGGAGGAGGAGACCGCAACGUCAAAUUCUCUGGGGAGAGCAGGGAGGAGCGCAACAAUAGACGCAAUCGCGAAGAUGGGGAGAGGACGCCUCGUGGCCAAGGAGAACUGAGACGUGGACCUCCUGGUGAGGGACGCGAAGGACGUGAGGGCCGUGAAGGACGUGAGGGCCGUGAAGGUCGCGAAGGACGUGAAGGUCGCGAAGGCCGCGAAGGACGCGAGGGCCGUGAAACACGAGAAUUCAGAAACUCUAACGACGCUCAGCCACGUGGAGAGUAUGGAGAGCGCAGGGGUCGUGGUGGCAUGCGCGGGAUGGGACGUGGCGGGCGUGGAGGGCCACGCGGUCGUGGAGGAUACGAUAACCGUGGAAAACGUGAAUUCGAUCGUCAGUCUGGCUCCGAUAGAACCAGCGGGAUUAAACCAGUGGAUAAAAAAGAUGGUGCUGGUAGCCAUAAUUGGGGAACUCACAACGAUGAAAUCGAGGAAAGUUUGAAUCAAGAGAGUCAAGAUUGGCCUAACGAGAAGCCCGACGGAGAUGCUCCUCAAGCGUCCCCGGAAACAAAAGAAGGAGAAACGAAUCCGGAUGCCGCCGAAGAGAAACCAGCCGAGGAGGAGUCGCGCGAACUGACGUUGGACGAAUGGAAGGCUUUGCGCCAAAACAGAGCGAAGCCACAAUACAAUUUACGCAAGGCUGGCGAGGGUGAGGAUUUGACACGUUGGAAAAAAAUGUACGCGCUCGAGAAAAAGAAGGAGGGUGCCGAGGAAGACGACGAGGACGAGGAGGAAUACGAUGCCGCAGCAGAGUAUCCACAACGUGUUGGAAGGCAAAAACGUGUGUUAGGCAUCGAGAUACAGUUCAGUGACUCGCGACGCGGUACUGGUGGACGUGGUCGGGGACGAGGUGGCCGCGGCGGAGAACGGGCCAACGGUCGUGGAUUUGGAAAUCGCGGUGCUCCUAGAGAUGGAGAACCGCGUGGUCCUCCUCCGCAAACCGAGCAAAGGUCGCCUCGAGGACGUCAAAACGCUCCGAAAGUAGACGAUGAGAAUGACUUCCCAUCAUUGGGAUAGGUGGUUUCGUUCAUCUACACAGUAUCCCACCAUUACCACCACCAUCAGUACUACUACCACAGAUAAAAUUACCACUAAUACUAAACAAAAAAAAAAAAACAAAAAAAAUUAUUACUAUCAACAUUUUUGCGUCAGUGACAACGUUAAUGCAUAAUACAGUACACCCUUGCAAAAUGAGAUACGUAAUUUACCUAAAUAAAAUCGUAGCGCUCGAACGCGCUCUUACAUAUUGGCACGUUGACGUACACAUAAAAAGUCGCAUGAUAUGAACAAUAUAGAUCACGAUCCUUUUUUGUACUUGUAACAACCGAGUUUGUUCCGUAACUAGUUACGAACACUAGUUCGCAGUCGAACAGUAAUAAGAACGAGGCUGGAUAUAUUCAUGGACUUGUCGAUAAUCGUAAAUUUGAUCAAUACUAGACGUGAAAACAAAAAAAAACGAGUAAAUAAAUAUGGCUGAAAGACUUUAAGCGGACCAGCAGGAAUAUAAUAUCAAAAGAUAUAGUCAUUUUACAUGAUAGUUUGAAGCUGCUUAAAUCCGAGUGAGAUACAGUUCCGAAACGGAAACGUGAAAUUUCACCUGUACGCGAAGAAGCUGAGGGAAGUUUUCACCUCGAUUUUAAUUUUGAUGUCGUAUAUCGAAGGCCUAAGGAGGCUGGCCAUAGCACCGACUCUCACAAACACGUGUAUAAUAACUUGUUAGGCGGUAAAUUUUAAACAUUCUUUCUGUUUUAUAAUUUUUAUACGGUGUUAGGAGAAGCCUUCCUCGUAACCGACGAGCUCGUCGCUUGUCGUACAUAAAACGUAAGAGACUUUUAAAGCGUGUAUUUCUAUCUAAGAUGAACAUCUCUGAUAUUAAAAGUGUCUACUUAGGUACGCUAAGUUUGGCUUAUAUAGAAAUAUAUAGAGAUUUUUUCCUUUGAAUGAUGUAACCGGUCUGUAAGAAGUUUAACAUUUAAGUAAAUAUUAGACACACUGAUAAACAGCUUUACAUAUAUAUUGUAUAACGAAUUUAAGAGAGCGCGAUCUCGAGGCACGUUGAGAGGGACGAUAGUACGAAUCCAGUCUUACAUAGUUACGUUACGCGUCAAUCAUCAUGUUCUAUGACCCGCUAUAUUAGUUAUCUAUUGUAUUUGUUACAUGUAAAAUGAACGAUACUACAGCCAAACAUUCAAACCCUCUCCAUAAUGCGAUAAAAAGGAUAAAAACAAAAAAAACAAACAAACGUUAUAAAGCUGUUCGAAGCUUAGGUAUAUGUGUAAAUAACAUGAUAUUUACAGUAAUAAAUCGUGACCGCACGAGUCACUUUGGACUUGACUACUUAACCAGUCGAUUUACGGAGAAAGAUAGAAAAAGGUUUUUAUUUGUGCAGUAUGCGAAGAAUGUGAGUACAAAAGAGAGAAAAAUGAAAUGCGUGUACCAACUUACAUCGAACCCUUCGAGGCACGAUGAGAAUUGGGCGUCACUGAAAGCUAUGAAAAAAGAGGAGAAAAAAAAAUAUGAGAGGUGCUGUACCCAAUAAAGUUAUGAGUCAAAUUUCAUUGUAA